CAGAGAUUCGUAUUCGUAUCGGAAUAGGCGUCUUCCCCUCUUACUUUAUCUCUCUCGCCUCCGCCCCCCUGGUCGCGUCGGCCCGCUCUCCCAGUCCUCGCUUCCUCGACGGCGCGCACCACGACUCCCCCCUCCUGCUCUAGGCGGCGGCUCCGUCACCGUCUCCAUUGCGCCGUCCCCCACGGACAUAGGCGUAUGGCAAAGAGAAAGAGGCGCUCAAAGGAGCAGCCAAAUGGAUACAAGGUCAAAAGAAAGAGAUCAAAGCUUCAGUUGAGCGACCUACCUAUGGAUAUAUUGUGCAAUAUCACAUCACGAUUGCGAAUGAAAGAGGAUGCAAGGUUAAGCGUACUAUCAAACCAAUGGAAAGAUGUUUGGUGUUCUCGCACAAACUUCGAGUUUUCUUAUGAAUCAAUGAUGCCAUGGUACUACAGUUUAAGACCUCAGACCAACCAUACACAAGAUUUUUGUGAGAGUCGACACAGUAAUAAAACAGCACUCUGGUGUAUGGGUUGAGAAAAUGGAAGUUGUUUACACAUCACUAAGCAAUGAACAUGCAGAUCACAUAGAUGAAUGGCUGAAGUUUUCUAUCGCAUCAAAGACAAAGCAGCUUAUUCUUGAUUUGACAACUUACUCUCCUCGAAGGGAACUUAUAAAGGAACGAUAUAAGUUCCCUUUCCAUUUUUUCAAUGAUACUAAUAAUUCCCACUUGCAUUCUCUGAAACUCAGCUUUGUUUCUCUAAAUAAGGCUGCAAACUUCGAGGCUUUUCAAAACCUUAAGAAGCUUGAGUUAGUAGAUGUGAAUAUUACUGAUGAAGAACUUCAUCUUCUGUUAUCAAACUGCAUUGUGUUGGAGUUUCUCUGUAUUUCCAACCUUGAAACGCUUAGAAGCUUAAGGACGCCUUAUCUUUCAAAGCACUUUAAGCAUUUGCUAGUCCGUUGCUGCCCCUUGCUUCAGGAGAUAGAGUUAAAUUCUGGCUUGACAACACUUGAAUAUGAAGGUCCGUUGAUCCUGUUAGCACCUCCUGGAACAUUGACACAUUUAUCUGUAAGGUCAUCAGAUAUUUCAUCAGCUCUUGUAUAUAUCUCCACUGAACUGCCAAGUACUCUGCCUCGACUUGAGAUGCUGACUCUAAGAUGUGAAGAAUUUGAGAAAGCUACUUUGCCGGAAAUAUGUCCCAGAUUUAUUUAUCUAAGGCAUCUGAGAUUGGAAAUAACCUUUUCCUCUCUGAGAAAAAGGAACGCCGAUGUCUUUGACUUCACCCCCCUCUUAGAGGCUGCUCCUUCCAUGGAAAAGCUGGAGCUUCAUAUGUGGAUGGACUGUCCUCGUAUGCGGUAUCGCAAGCAUCAGGGUGAGCUAAGGAGCCUUCCUCCAAACCCUCACUCCCAUCUCAAGUUGGUGAACAUUACAGGGUUUUAUGGUCAGAAAGAUCAACUGGAGUUGGUACUUCAUAUUCUCAGGAACUCUAUCGUGCUCGAGGCCAUGAACAUAGACCCAAAGCCAAUGGUAGCUGCUGACUAUAUGUAUUUGUCAUCAGAACACGGCCGUUCUUUUGUAGAAGGCUAUAAGGUCGCCAAGAAGUAUCUCCGCAAAGCAGACCACCGUGGUGUUGUUGAUCUUAUCAAAGUUCGGCGAAGGCAUCUUGAGAAUGCUGCAGCCUACCAUCUAGUUGAUCCAAUUUGGAUCAAGUUGUUGUCAACAGUGGAAACUGAUCCAUACCGUAGGCUUAAUGCCCCUUGUUGACACCAUCAGAUGCACCGUUGAUUUUGCUCAGCUGUCUUUCGGUUUCUUUAGUUUCCAUGGAACGACCUAUUUAUUCCCAUCAUUUGAGUUAUCUCUUCUCAUAUUAA